AGCCACGUCCAGGACAAGCCGGGGGUACGGCAGGGCAUCAUGAAGCAGCUGCCCAGCUUGGAGCCUGGAGACAAGCCCAGGAAAGCUACAUGGUACACUUUGACUUGCCCUGGAGACAGGCCCUGCCCUCGAGUUGGCCACAGCUGCUCAUAUUUGCCUCCAGUUGGGGAGGCUGAGAGAGGGAAGAUCUUCAUUGUUGGGGGAGCAAAUCCAAACCAAAGCUUCUCAGAUGUACACACCAUGGACUUGGGAACACACCAGUGGGACACGGCCACCAGAGAGGGCCUCCUGCCUCGGUAUGAGCAUGCCAGCUUCCUUCCCACCUGCUCUCCUCACAGCAUCUGGGUGUUUGGAGGUGCAGACCAGUCAGGAAAUCGAAAUUGUCUACAAGUCAUGACUCCUGAAGCCAGGACGUGGAACACCCCAGAAGUGACUGGCUCCCCACCAUCCCCAAGAACAUUCCACACAUCGUCUGCAGCUAUUGGAAACCAACUUUAUGUCUUUGGGGGAGGAGAGAGAGGUGCCCAGCCUGUGGAGGAUGUGAAGUUGCAUGUAUUUGACGCAAACACUCUGACAUGGUCUCAGCCGGAGACACAUGGAAGUCCUCCAUCUCCCCGGCAUGGCCAUGUGAUGGUGGCAGCGGGCACAAAACUCUUCAUCCAUGGAGGACUGGCAGGGGACAAGUUCUUUGAUGAUCUCCAUUGCAUUGAUAUAGGUGACAUGAGCUGGCAGAAGCUUGGUCCCACUGGAGCUGCUCCAGUAGGCUGUGCCGCCCAUGCCGCCGUGGCUGUGGGACACCAUGUGUAUAUGUUUGGAGGAAUGACAGCCACUGGAGCGCUGAACACGAUGUACAAGUAUCAUACAGAAAAGCAGCACUGGACCAUACUUCAGUUUGAUACUUCCCUACCCCCUGGACGACUGGACCACUCCAUGUGUGUAAUCCCAUGGCCAGUGACAUCUACCUCUGAGAAUGAAGAGUCUGUCAUUCUAACCCUCCAAGCUGAGAAAGGGGAUGCUGCUGAGAAAGCAGAGACCCAGAGUGGAGGGUUGCAUGAAGAGAGUCUGGCUACCAUGUUUCUCUGUUUUGUGUUCGGUGGGAUGAAUACAGAAGGGGAGAUCUAUGGUGAUUGUCUUGUGACUGUAGUGGACUAAUAAAACCCACAUUUUUAUUA